CAGAUCUAUUAUAGAUAGAUUGUUGGUGAUUGAGGCCAAGACCAGGAAGUUCGAUGCGGCAGUGCGUGCAUGAACUUCACAGAUUUCGUGUGUGCAUAACUCGUAGAGUUCAGAUAGAUCGCUCCACGGAUUUGUCAGAUAUACAGCAUACAACAGUUGACCCUCAUCAGUACUCGUCAGUGCUCAAAACGGUGUAGAGAUUAUUCAAUAGCGCUUGUUUCUUCCUGACUGGUGCUCAAUAUGCGGUGGCUUUACCCCACAAUAGUGUGCCUUCUAAUCAGUAUUGGGGUUUCCCAAGAUACCGAGGAUACGGCUCAAGUAACGAGGGAGAUGGAAGACGCUAACACAGAAUUUAAAGAGACGACAACGAUAGAUCCAGGUCCAGAUCCAGCAAACCCAUUCAAAUAUUAUGCCGAAAGGCAGGAAAAGUUCAUCAAAGCUGUGUCGAGUGAUGUAAUGGAGUAUGUCGCCCCGCACUUCAUAAAAAAUCUUCAUGAGUUAAACAUUACCGGAGACUGUACAUACGGACUGCUUAAAUUCUUGUUCGGCCUUAAAAAAUUUAGGCCUUGGUCUAUCCAGAUGUUGGAUUCCUGGGGCAAAGUACCUCACGGUGUUUUAUACGGAGUUUUAUCCUCACUGGGGAACAUGAAUGAGUGUAAAUCGGUCAUCGCCCAAGAGAAGAAAUACAAUGGAAAAGUCGAUACCUUCUUCCGGGGCAAAUAUUGCGCCAUUAAUAUGAAACCGCAUCUAUAUUUUGAAAGACCUGCCAAAUACGACCCGAGGACUUACCUCAGGAACUACACCGACAGGGUCCCGUUGCUAAAGAACCUCUUAGGGAAGGAUAUUAAUGUGGCGUAUUUCUACUUUGCCCAUUUUCGGAUCGGAGCCUGCGUACCCCAUACGUGCACACUCAGCGACAUGAACGUUAUUGUUAGACAGGUGGCCACCGUAAUGGCGUUGGACAUCUCGGUACCAUGGUGUGAAACGAGCGAUCCUAUUCAAAUAUCUUCGACACAAACUGUCGUCCUUUUAAUUCUGGCCGUAAUCUUCAUCCUGUCUGUCGUUGGCACGACGCUUGACGUACUGCCAAAGCUCGUUCAUUCCUUCCGUAGAGCAAAAGGAGAAAAAAUUCCACCUCCCGCUAGGCAAAGUACGAUUGAGAGAAUCUCGGAAUGUUUUUCUAUGUAUAGCAACUUUCGUAAGAUGAUGAACACCGAAACAGAUCAUGCCAGUGACACGUUGCGUUGCAUCCACGGCCUUCGAGUACUAACAAUGGCGUGGAUUAUUCUUGGCCACAUAUACUUCUAUAAGAACUUCAACCUUGGAAGCGGUCUCUUCGAAGCAUUUAAGCUCGCGCGAAGUGUUCCGUUCCAAAUGGUGCUCAACAUGUUUCCGGCUGUCGAAACCUUCGUAACGAUCUCGGGCUUUCUGCUGACGUACAACUAUCUCCGACGAUUGGAUGAUCGCCAGGGCAAGUUCAGUUACUUUAGACAUAUUCUACGACGAUGGUGCAGAUUAAGCCCCGCAUUCAUCGUCGUUUCAUUUAUGAUGAUCGUUCUACCUCUGAUCGGCUCAGGGCCGCUUUGGCGCGAGACCCUUGAGCCCUAUUCAGAAGCGUGCGAGAGACUCUGGUGGACGAAUCCACUCUACAUCGGGGCAUACGUUAAACGCGAGAAUAUGUGUCUCCCACACGGAUGGUACCUCUCAUCCGACUUCCACUAUUUCCUAAUAAUGCCACUCGUCUCGUACGUUCUAUUCAAGCGACCCUUUAUGGGCUUGUUGAUCUUGUUUGCUCUUAUAUUCAUCUCAGUGACAGCUGUUGGUGUUUUGUUGUUUGUCCACGAUCUUCCCCCAAUACCGCUGUUCAUUGACCUGGAGCCGGCACAUUUCAACGAGUACAUGAAUAUUAUCGGCUACAAACCAUUUGCACAUCUCGCCCCGUUUGCGAUUGGAAUGGCUUUGGGCUAUCUGCUGUUCAGGCAAAGAAGGAAGCACAUUAACAAACUGGUGCGUAUCCCCGCGUGGAUCAUUGUGUGGGGAGUUCAAUUGGCAAUCGUGUUCGGAGUACGUAACUGGAACGCUUAUGAUCGACCCUCAAUGGUCAUGGGAAUCCUCUACGGGGCACUGUUUCGUUUUUGGUGGUCACUGUGUGUUGCCUGGACGGUGUACGCCUGCGCGACUGGCAAUGGGGGCCUUGUCAACAGGAUUUUGUCAUUCCGAGCCUGGAUUCCCCUCUCACGGUUGACCUUCCUCGUGUACUUGGUUCACCCGCUUAUUAUUCUUGCACAUACGGCCUAUCUCCGCGAACCGUACUACAUAACUGUGCCCUUCACAGGCUAUCUUUAUCUCGGUCAUUUGUUCACAUCGUACUCGCUAUCACUCGUCCUGACCGUCACACUUGAGUCACCUUUCCUUGCACUCGACCGUCUCAUAACGAAGGCCUACCACGACUGCUGCGACCCGCUCGGUCAUCAUCUGAGUGCUAAGCGUAACGCUGCUAUAGCAACAACCUCCAGUGGCAACUUCAACGGAAGUAGCCGUUUCAAGGGCAAUUCCGUUUACAUCGAGAACCAUAUUGACGCCAUGCUUGCUGCCCCUAAGAAUAACAAUAAGAGCAAUACGAUGCGUGGAGGGAACCGAUCUGAUCGCCGGCCUGAUAAUGGGAAAGUAAACAUGGCGUUUGAUAACGCGAAACUUUAACUACUUUUAAGCAGCGCAAUACUACAUUGUGUGCAUUGUUGCUGGAUGUUUUCGGAACUUGCUUUGCUAAUGUUAUGCAUCAAUGAACAAAUGUCUCUUUUUGAGUACGUAAUUUGAUUUAUACUAUAAAAGGACUAUUUGCUUGUUCUCAUACAAGAUUUGCAAUUUUUUUUUGUAUGUAUAACUAUGGAAAGCUCUACGAAAAUUGCGCAGCUGGAAUUUACCGAGAUUGGGUCGAAAAACCCAAAAACAUCGAAUUUUAGGCGAAGCAUGUUCACCGGCAACAUGUUUCAACUGUAUGUAAAUGAGUGAAUCUUCAAUGUCAAUUUAAUUCAAAUAUUAGAAUCGAAACUUCUGUGUAGUUAUCGAUCUUAAUGGGACACACUACUGCACCUCAGAAAGAGCCUCGCUAUAGACGAUAAAUAAUUAGAUUCAUGGGGUCCUAGGGCGAAGUGUACGUGAUGCACUAGUCGACGUAUAAAACGGGGCGAAAUUAUAGAGGAAACUGCGUAAAGGUGCCAAGAGAUACCGAAAAGCCUUUAUGGUCAAACGCAUGUACCUCAGGUUUAGACAUCUAGGUGAUUUGUAUAUAGCGAUUAAUCAAGUUUCAAACGGUGUCCAUUGAGUGUGAAUGUAGGUUCAACGACCCAAUACGAAUCGUACAAAGUGAGUAUUUAUGCAGAUCAUGGGCUGGUAAUAUCUGUAUCAAUGAAAGUACAACAUUAAGGUUAUAGUACAAAAAGGAUGAUAGAAAGGAAGCACAAGUAAGAGAUAUGUACGAGUAUUGCCAUUGCUCUAAUGUACGAAUGAAUUGUGAACACGACGACAUAUAGAGAGGGACCUGACAAAAAUGCUCAUUGCAGUAUCGAAGUCCUGGUCAUGUUUAUGUAUCGAAGUAUGCUCAAGAAUAAACAGAAAAUCGAUAAGUAAAUAGAGAAGUUCGUAACGAGUCUACUGUUAACAAAAACACUCAGCUGUGUUAAGGUCUAUUGACCUCUACUUUAGAAAAACUUACGAGAUGACAGCAGAGAUCAACAUACUGUUAAUUGAAAAGUCGAACGUUUUUUACACUCGAAGUUCUAAAUAGAUCCACAGAUAUUUGCCUCA